GGACGAGAUCGGCUCUCCAGGGACCCGAUCCGACGGUCGCCGAGCGCGCGCAAGGAACAGGGGCUCAAAAUCCGCUCCGCUUCUGCAGGAUUCGAUCUGUUCGAGGAGGGACGGAGGGGGUACGCUGCUCCUGGUGAUGACGAUGAUGAUGAUGAUCGAUUGAAUUGGAGGCGAUUUGGGGAGGCCGGGAUUCUUAGAUGGAAAUGGACUACGUGUCCGAAUUCCCCCACAUUCACUCGGAUCGGCGUCCCAGGAAGAGGCCGAGGUUAGCUUGGGAGCCUCUUCCGAAGGCUCAGUCAGGAGUUUUUUGUGGGCAAGAGCUUGGGAAUGUGACAAGCUAUGGACCUCCCAGAGUACUCCAGGACCAUGCUAGUCUUUUUGUGAGGGGAUUGGAUCAAAAGGGCUCUCCCCCAUGGCGAGAUGAUGACAAGGAUGGGCAUUACAUGUUUGCAGUUGGAGAUAAUUUAACUUCUCGCUAUAAAAUCAACCGGAAAGUUGGGGAAGGCACUUUUGGACAGGUUCUGGAGUGCUGGGAUAGAGAAGCUAAGGAAAUGGUUGCCAUAAAAGUUGUGCGAAGCAUUAAAAAGUAUCGUGAAGCUGCAAUGAUAGAAAUAGACGUGCUCCAGUUGCUUGGGAGAUAUGACAGAACAGGCAGCCGGUGAAUGCAUCGUGCCUCAUAUGCUAUCUUGCUUUAUUGUUUAUGCUGCUUUUGGUUGAUAUAAAAGAAAUGUGGCUGUUCAUUCUUUGCAGUUGUGUUCAAAUAAGGGACUCAUUUGACUAUCGUAACCAUAUCUGCAUUGUGUUUGAAAUGCUUGGACCAAGCUUGUUCGAUUUUCUUCGGAAAAACAGUUAUCGCCCAUUUCCAGUUGAUCUUGUCCGGGAACUUGGCAGACAGCUUUUGGAGUGUGUAGCAUGUCUGUGUUAUGCAUGAUAUGCGCCUCAUUCACACAGAUUUAAAGCCUGAGAACAUACUAUUUGUAUCGGCAGACUAUGUGAAAGUACCUGACUACAAGGCAACAUCUCGAUCACCAAAAGAAGGAAAUUACUAUAAGAGGUUGCCAAAGUCAAGUGCUAUUAAGGUCAUUGAUUUUGGAAGCACUGCUUACGGGCAUAGAAGUCACAACUAUAUUGUAUCAACGAGGCACUACCGAGCACCAGAAGUUAUUCUUGGGCUUGGAUGGAGUUAUCCAUGUGAUAUAUGGAGUGUUGGCUGUAUCCUGGUGGAACUGUGCUCGGGGGAAGCUUUAUUUCAGACUCAUGAAAAUCUAGAGCACUUGGCCAUGAUGGAGAGGGUUUUAGGACCAUUGCCUCAGCAUAUAUUGAAAAGAGCAGAUCGACAUGCUGAGAAGUAUGUUAAAAGGGGAAGACUGGACUGGCCAGAAGGGGCAACAUCCCGGGACAGCAUUAGAGCUGUUCUAAAAUUACCUCGUCUUCAGAACCUAAUAAUGCAGCACGUGGAUCACUCUGCUGGGGAUUUAAUUGACCUCGUGCAGGGUCUUCUUAGGUAUGAACCAUCUGAAAGGCUAACCGCCCAUGAAGCCCUCAGACAUCCCUUCUUUUCCAGGGAUCAUUACAGGAGGUUUUAGGAAAAUAUGGUUUGCUCCGCUCUGCUGGCAAUCUGAUGUACUGCUGGAGCAUUAUGUCAUUCUAUUCGCUCCACAGAUUAGAGAGAUCGAUUUGGUUCUUGAAUUGCUGUUGGAAGUGACAUAUGAAGAAGCAGAUUUUAAAAAGAAACAAGAAAGAGAAAAAAGUAGGAAGAAUAUUCCACCAUCACCCAGAGCCUCUUAAUUGAGCUAUUGUAGAUAACCCCAUUGUCAAGUGAAGCUUUAUCCUUGUCCAAGAUUGCAAGUUUUGUAUCUUUACAAUAUUUUGUAUCGAUUCUUUCUUGUCCCUUACACUUUUUCGACAAUGAGCUUUGCCUCGAUGCGCUGCUCAUAAGAAACUUAGGAUCAUCAGUUCCGUAAAUGAAAGCAGAGCUGCAUUACUAGAGAACCAAUUUGGAAAUGAGAUUGGAGAAGGCAGUUCAUCUGGAGAUGUUGUAAAUUUGGGAGUAAAAUAAAUGUUUGUUUCAUGAUCA